AUGCAGUUCUCCGCCAUCAUCGUCGCCGCCUUUGCCGGUUUCGCCGCUGCCCAGACCCAGGCUCCUUGGGCCAUGGUUGCCGUCGAGUCUUCUCACGGUGGUGCGGGCAAUGGUCUCGUCAACAAGACCAUCCGGGUCCCUCUCGACACCGUUUACACCAACCCGCCUGUCCUCAAUGAGGUCUCAACUCUUUACCUCAUCAGCUGCUCCCAGGGAACUGAUGUUUACUCCGUCGUUUGCCAGCCUCACAAGGACCCCGCUGGCACCGACACUGGCGCCAAGCCUUUCGACAUCAACACCCCUUCUUAUCUCUCUACCAACACUGUCGUUGUUGGUAGCCUCACCUGCCACGCCUAA